AUGGCGACGGAACUCGAAGAACUCGUGAGCUUCCUAUCUUCACCAUCGCCACAGAUCACAAAAGCCGCCGUUGACAUAGUUCGCGGAUUAACCGGCUCCGACGAAGGCAUACAUUCCUUAUCCAAUCAAGCAAAUACCUUGAUUCCCUCACUGUGCCGUCUCUUAACGGCACCCAAGGAGGUUUCUGAGGCGGCUGCUGAAGCUCUUGUUAAUCUUUCGCAAAAUUCAAAUCUCGCGGAGGAAAUGGUUCGAAUGAGAAUUGUUGAAACCACAAUGGAUGUUUUGUAUAAGCCGGAGUGUCGUGUUACUCGUUUGCUUGUUAUGCUUUUGGUGAAUCUCACUCAACUUGAUGCUGGUACUGAUUCCUUGCUUCAGACUGAUGAUGAGAAGGUGCGUGGAUUAUAUGUUAUGAAGCUUGUGAGAUCAUUUUGUAGAACCACCCACGAGAAUAAUGAUGAUUCUUUUGAACAUGUUGGUUCCAUACUUGUUAACAUCACAAAGCAGCGUGCGGGGAGGGAGCUUCUACUUGACCCAAAACGGUCUCUAUUAAAGCAGAUAAUUAGACAGUUUGAUUCAAAUAGUUCAUUGAGAAAGAAAGGGGUCUCAGGAACUAUUCGCAACUGUUGUUUUGAAGCCGAGAAUCAGCUACAAAAUUUGCUUUUGGUAUCAGAGUUCCUAUGGCCUGCAUUACUUCUUCCAGUAGCUGGAAACAAGAUCUACAGUGAGGAGGACAGAAAGAAAAUGCCACUCGAACUUGGGAGUGUACUUUCGAUCGAACGUGAACCAGUUAAUGAUCCGGAAAUCCGCACUCAAGUAUUGGAAGCCAUAUACUUGAUCUUAUUGCAAGAGGCGGGUCGAAGGGCCUUUUGGUCUGUAAACGGGCCUAGAAUAGUACAAGUCGGUUACGAAGAUGAGGAAGAUCCAAAAGUGAUGGGAGCGUUUGAGCAACUAGGAUCCUUGCUGGUUAACGGCAGCGGUAUUGAGGAACCAUCCACUGAGACGACACAAUAG